AUGACAAGAAUUGAUCGGAUACGCAGUGAGAACACUACAUUUGUUAAUAACUUUUGGGGCCGCCGAGACUCCGGAUUCAAAGUGAUCCAAACAAAGAUAAAGCAUGCGUUGACAACUCUCGAAGAGUUGUUAGACUUCUAUAGGGAAAGGAUUCAAAUAGAAAAAGAUUACAAUAAGAAAUUAGAGAAACUUAACGGGAAGAUUCUUUUGGGGUCUCACGAGACUGGGUCGUUGAAGAAAUCACUAGACAAAUUAUCGUUAGAAAAUAAACAUAUGGUAAAAGAUAACUCCAAGUUUAUAAAGUCAUUAUCGCAGACAAACUACGACAAGCUUAAUCAUUUCUAUGCUAUCUACUAUAAAAAAGUUUCUAAGAUCGAACUGCAUAUGCAAAAAAUUAUUAAUAAACAAAAUGAUCUCUUCAAAACUUUGGAAAUGAAUAAGAACAAGUACCAGGAAGAAUGUUCUCAAAUUAAAUCAUUUAGACUACUCGUUCAGACUACGUGGGGUAAAGAGUUGGAAAAGAACGAGGCAAAAUUGAACAAAAUAACAUCUUCAAAUAUUAAUACUAAGAAGCACUACCAAAUAGCAGUGACAAAUUUCACAGAUUUAAAUGAAAUAUUUGUACGGGAUUGGUCUAUAGCUCUAAAAGACUUUUAUCAAUUGGAAGUUGAAAGAAUUCAGAUCUGUAAAGUUAAUUGUUUCACAUUCUGCAAUAAUAUCGCAACGUUGUGUGUUGAUAACGAUCAAUCCGUUGAUUUGGCAAGAUCUGUGUUCGCUUUGGUAUCUCCACCACAAGACUUACAGGAUUUUGGAGAUACAUAUGGGACAGGUGAUAAAAUAUAUAAAUCUCCUGAAUUUGUUGAUUUUAUGGAUGGGUAUGGUGAUGAACAAAGAGACUCUGAAUUCACAAGAGCUGAAUUUGAAAAUCCAGACAGUGAUAGGUUAUCUAGAUCGUACUCAUCAUACUCACAAGGGACACAACAAUCAUUACCCACCCGCGAAACAGUCGCUAAAACCCCAUUGCCUCUUGUUAAGGAAUCUUUAGAAAAGGCUAGUCUUCCCCCACCUCCUACCAAUAACAUACCCAUCAGUGCGCCAAAUGGAUUUUUAGGGUCACCUAGUAGGAAACCCCCUGCUGGAUUUGACAGAUCAAGCUCGGUGUAUAGUACUCAAGACAAGAAUGACGUGUUUUCGGUCGGGGAGAAAGAGACAUCUCAUAAAUUCUCUAACAGUAAUGGCUCAUCCAAUUAUUCGAACCCUACGAACUAUACCGGCUCUAACUAUUCAGGUUCUUCCAACAAUGAAAGAAACUGGGCAUCUCCUCGCCGAAAGGAGAAACAAUUAAGUCAAUUUCAAGAGCAGAUUAAUUUGAAAUCAAAAGAAUUACCAUCAUUUCCUAACAACUCGCAUGAUACGAAUGAAACAGCUCAAAAUGUACCAAUAAUGAAAGACUUUUCAAUAGACUUUAUUGCUAAAGCUUUGGAGGAUUUGAAUUCUGGAGGCGAUGGUGAUAUAAAUCAAUACAGAAGGUCUGUCAGGGGAACAGGUAACCCUGAGGAGCCUAGGGCGAAAACAGCUCCUUCCACUCCUUUCGGCAAACUAAAGACGCACUCCGACUUCGUCGACGAUCGUGAUGAAGUUGCAACCAGACAUGACUCCAUAAUGUUCUCUUCACCUACAAGGAACCAAAAUAGCGCGGAGUUGGAUGGAUCACCUAUCAAGCGAGGAAGACGCCAGAGGCCAAAGUCAAUGCUUGACCCACUUUCCAACGAUAGACUUUCAGACUACCCAAUAGGAGACCACAUGGACCAUCUGGUAGACACAUGUAUAAUCAAAAAACCUACUGAACAAUUCCAGACUCCACACAGGAAACACCAAAGAUCUUUACUGAAGUCCCCUACGAAAUCUUAUACGAACCUCAAUGCAAUGAUUCAGCAAUCUUCAAACCCCAUAUUGACUCCAAUAGGAAAUACUCCUUACCUAUCAAAGGCAAAAGCUAUGUAUACAUACAAACCACAGGACCAUGGUGAAUUGUAUUUCAAAAAAGGAUGGUUCAUGUAUAUUAUUCAUAAGCAAGAGGAUAAUUGGUUUGUAUGCGAGCUAGCCCAAAAUUGUAAAGAUAGAGCUGGUAUGAUUGGUUUGGUUCCAGGUAACUACUUGCACGAGGAACAGGACCUAUUUUAG